AUUCUUUUAUUUCUGUUGUGAGGACAUGGAUCGUGUUCGCUUUUUAGUUAAUGGUGUUGAACAUACCGUGGGGUGCGAGAUCAGCUCGGACACGUCGCUGCUGGAGUACCUCCGCAGAUGGCUGGAGCUGCGCGGCACCAAGUACAUGUGCCAGGAGGGCGGCUGCGGCGCCUGCGUCGUCAGCGUCGCCAAGCACCCUGGCGCUCCCACUGAAGCUGUUAAUGCGUGUUUAGUAUCAGUGACGUCAUGCCACGGCUGGGAGAUCACAACCAUCGAGAAAGUGGGUAACCGGCUGAAAGGCUACCAUCCACUCCAGAAGUGCCUCUAUGAGAACAAUGGCUCCCAGUGCGGAUAUUGCAGCCCUGGAUGGGUUAUGGCGAUGUACAGCCUAUUAAAGAAGAAGAAAAUGACAAUGCUCGAAAUAGAAAAAUCGUUGGCCAGCAACAUUUGCAGAUGUACUGGAUACCGGCCGAUAAUAGAGGCAUUCAAGAAGUUUGCCUCAGACUGCCCUGAUCCUUACCCCAUACUCGAUAUAGAAGACCUGAGCAUUUGCAAAAAGACCGGCGACGUCUGCUCCAAAACCUGCGACGAGUACGAUUGGUGUGUUGUUUCUAAAGAAGAUGUCAAGCAAUCCAGUGUAAUUCAUAUCAAAUUAAGUGAUAACAGAGACUGGUAUAGAGUCGAAGAUAUUAGUGAUGUGUUUAGGAUUCUAGACGCCCAUGGCACUGACUCGUAUAUGCUGGUAGCUGGGAACACUGCUAAGGGUGCUUAUCCCAUCCUGGAAUAUCCACGUCUUCUAAUAGACAUCUCAGGAGUGGCGUCUCUAAAAGGUUGCUUCUUGGAUCAGAACCUGGUGAUCGGUGCUGGUAACACGCUAACCGACCUAAUGGAGAUAUUUGACAGAAUGUCUCAAACUGAUUACUUCAAGUAUCUAAAGACAUUCAAUGAACAUUUGCAUUUGGUCGCGCAUAUCCCAGUGAAAAAUAUUGGUACAAUAGCUGGGAAUUUAAUGAUAAAAAACAGGCACAACGAGUUUAGUUCUGAUGUUUUCUUACUAUUUAACGCUGUUGGCGCUGAGUUAGAUAUAUUAAACGAUCGCGGCAUUGUAAAUAGAAUAAGCAUGCAGCAUUUCCUGAAAGAAAACAUGCAAGGAAAAGUUAUCUUAAAUGUCUUGUUGCCACCAUUGAAUAACGAAUACAAAAUAGUUACUUAUAAGAUAAUGCCUCGAGCCCAGAAUGCUCACGCAAUCGUUCAUUCAGGAUUCGUAUACAAAAUCGAUCCCUACGAUAAAAAAGUGUUAGACUGUCGCAUAGUCUAUGGCGGUCUUUCACCAGCCUUUAUUAGAGCGAAUCGUACAGAAAGAUAUCUCAUCGGUCGAAGACUAUUCACAAAUGAAACGCUUCAAGGAGCAAUUAACGUGCUGGACAAUGAAAUGGUAGUGACUGAAGAACCACCUCAACCAUCUGUGGAAUAUCGCAGGAAAUUGGCUUUGAGUUUAUUUUACAAGGGGUUAAUGUCGCUGUGUCCACCAGAAUUAUUAGGAGCCCGUUAUAGAUCUGGAGCGGGUCGACUUCGAGAAUCUCGGUCACUGUCAGAUGGCAAGCAGAUAUUUGAUACUAACCCAUCACUGUGGCCGCUCAACCAGCCUUUGCCGAAAGUGGAUGGACUAGUACAAUGCGCUGGUGAAGCAAAGUAUACAGAAGAUGUUCCCUCUAUUCCCAAAGAAGUGUUUGCUGCUUUCGUUCUGUCAACAGUAGCAUUGGGAACUAUUCAAAAGAUUGACGCGAGUAGAGCUCUUCUGGAACCUGGAGUAGUAGCAUUCUAUUCAGCUUCAGAUAUCCCAGGUCAAAACAGUUUCACACCUGGACCAAGCAUUGCUUUCAUGAAUGAUGAAGAACUGCUAUGUCAAAAGGAGGUUAAAUAUUACAAUCAGCCUCUUGGUAUCAUUGUCGCUGAAACACAAAAAGUAGCCGAUAAAGCAGUUAAUUUCGUCAAAGUAACGUACACUAAUGUCAGGAAACCAGUUUUGGAUAUCAAAGUUGCGAAAAGCGAUCCAAAGAGAAACAAAAUAUAUUUUGCUGCUACUGCAACAAAAACUGGGGUAGAUAUAGCCAAAGUGUUCAAAGGAGAGGGAACUAUGUAUGGACAGUACCAUUUUUGCAUGGAGACUUUAGUUUGUGUAACUCAUCCUAUAGAAGAAGGUCUGAAAGUCUAUGCUACUACACAGUGGAUAGACUCAGUACAUAAAACAGUUUCAAGGGUACUUAAGAUUCAACAAAACAAGAUUGAAGUUACUGUUCGUCGACUCGGCGGUGCUUACGGAUUUAAAAUUUCUCGACCAAAUCAGGUGGCAGCAGCUUGCAGUUUAGUCUCAUAUAAACUUAAUAGACCUUGUCGAUUCAUACAAUCACUUAAAACCAACAUGCGUGCGGUAGGCAAAAGGCUUCCCAGUUCUAACAAUUACGAGGUUGCUGUAAAUUCACAAGGAGUUAUACAAUACAAUAAUUUAGAACUAUAUGAAGAUAAUGGAUAUGUUGUUAAUGAACCACUCACUCUAUUUGGAGUUGAUAUUUAUUUCAAUUGCUAUGACAAGUCUUCUUGGAAUUUUAAAGUAUAUGAUACAAUAACAGAUACAACGUCUAACACAUGGUGCAGAUCACCUGGUACAUUAGAAAAUGUGGCCAAUGCUGAAUGGCUGAUGGAGAGAAUAGCGUAUGAAAUGAACUUAGAUCCUCUAAAUGUUCGUCUGGCAAAUCUGGACACGGUAAACCAUGAAGCAAAUAUCACGGAACUUUUAAAAACUCUUAAAACAAAUUCUCAGUACGACGAGCGAAAAGUUGAUGUCGACAAAUUUAAUUCAGAAAAUAGGUGGAAGAAGAGAGGAUUAAGACAUUCGUUUUUGAGAUGGUCGCCGUUGUUAUCGCCAUUUUUGGAAGUUAAUAUGUCUGUGUAUGCCGAUGAUGGUACAAUUGUUAUAACACACAGUGGCAUUGAAAUGGGUCAAGGCAUAGACACCAAAGCGGUUCAAACGUGUGCAUAUUAUCUGAAAGUUCCUGUAGAAAAAAUACAAAUUAAAUCAAACGAUAGCGUUAUCUCACCGAAUGCUUUUGUGUCUGGUGGUAGUGUCACUACACAAAAUGUUGGUAUUGGUAUUAAAAAAUGUUGUGAAGAGUUACAAAAGCGAUUGGAACCAAUCAAAGCCAAAAUGGACGACCCAGUGUGGGAUGAUUUAAUAAGGAAAGCUUCUGAAAGCGAAGUGGAUUUACAAGUUCAUGCUACGACAGGAAUAGCAGACACUCAGAAGUAUGAUAUAUAUGGAAUAACGCUAGCUGAAGUUGAGAUCGACGUAUUAACAGGGGAGUGGAAUAUAAUUAGAGUAGAUUUGAUUGAAGAUGUGGGGCGUAGUGUGAAUCCUGAGAUUGAUAUUGGACAGGUGGAAGGGUCAUUUAUUAUGGGUAUGGGAUAUUGGACAACCGAAGAGUUAAAAUACGAUCAGGAUACUGGAGAACUGUUGACUGAUAGAUCUUGGUCUUAUAAGGUUCCGCAGGCGAGAGACAUACCUCAGGACUUCAGGAUUUACUUUAGGAAAAAAUCUUAUAGUAAUGACGUUAUUCUUGGUGCAAAAGCUACUGGUGAACCAGCUACAUGUAUGGCCGUUGCGGUGCCGAUAGCCAUGAGGGAGGCCAUCGUUGCAGCCAGGCUAGAGAACGGGUUGCCUAGCAACCAGUGGUUUGAAAUAGAUGGACCAUACACUGUAGAGAAGAUUUGUCUAUCCUGUGCCAUCAGAAAAGAAGAUUUUAAGUUUUAUUAGUUUUAACAAUAUUAAUAUAAUGUUGACAAUAUUUAUAAGAUGAAUUUAAUAAAUUGUAGUUAAGAUUUGUAAAAAAUUACGUGA